GAAUCAACUUUAGAUUGCGCUUAAGCAAGUUAAAAAACUUGCUCAAAAAUAUUAAAAUAUUAAAGAUUGCAAUAAUAAUAAAAAAGACCGGUAGGCCUAAAUACCAUUCAGCAUUAGCCUACACUUCAUGAAUUUAUUUUUUAAUCAUACGAUAAUUGCGCAUCACGUGGUUGCGGAUGCUGAUGUUAUGAUGAUCAGCAUGAUGAAUUGCGGUAUAUGUGCAGUAUGACCCCUGUGCAAAUCGGGUGAUGCGUUUAUGAAAUACCAUGGCUGAGUUUGGUUGGGGUCUUUCCGAGGACCUGUUAAGAAAAUCUCGGAGAGAGCUCGGAGAGGAUCCAACACGAUGCAGUGAGGAUAUAGCCGAUGUUCGAGAGCAGAUUGAAACUCGACCAGAUAUAACUUUUCUUAGAACUGAUGAUGCAUUCAUUUUGAGGUUUUUACGAGCCAGAAAGUUUGACACAGUAGAAUCCUUCAGAUUACUUGCUAGAUACUUUGAAUACCGUCAAAACAAUCCAGCGCUUUUCAAGAAUUUCAAUGCUUCUGAGUCAGAUAUCAGAGCCUCCCUAAAUGAUGGCCUUCCGAGUGUGUUACCUAACUGUGAUCAGCAGGGCAGGAGAAUUGUUGUGUUGUUUGCUGCUAACUGGGACAAUAGUCGAUACCAGUUGUUCUCAGUCUACAGGGCCUUUCUACUGACACUGGAGAAGCUGAUUGAUGAUGAGGCAUGCCAGAUUAAUGGGUUUGUCAUUAUUGUAGACUGGAGUCAAUUUACAUUUGGCCAGUCAAGGUCGCUGAAUCCUAAAGUACUGAAACAAAUGGUGGAGGGACUUCAGGACUGUUUUCCAGCUCGCUUUGGUUCCAUCCAUUUUGUAAAUCAACCGUGGUACAUAGAAGCCAUCUGUAAAAUUAUCCUUCCAUUUCUAAAAGAAAAGAGUAGAAGAAAGAUUCAUAUGCAUGGAAUAAAUUUGGGGAUACUCCAUAAUUUUGUCCACAAGGAGGCACUACCUGCUGAGCUAGGAGGAACUCUACCUGAACAUAACAUCAUGACCUGGGCCAAGGAACUUAUUGGAGACGAGAGCUUCAGCUUUGGAGACAAACAAAUAUAUUGGCCAGAUCACUGUUUCUUCAAAACAAGGUCUGAGUCGUUCCCUUCUUCUUUCCACAUGAAGCAGAGGUUAGAUGAGAAUGGUAUUUUCAGCAACAGUACCAGACUGGAUGAAGAUUUCUUCCUGAUUGAUUGACUGCUGAUUGGAUGACCGUUGUAAGGCAUCGUUAGUGCUGAUGAAAUAACAAAAGUUUCACAAAGCAAUAUAAUACAAGAAAGUCAUCACAUGGGUGUAAAACAGGUCAACUGGUCCAUAAAUGUGAAUUAUCAAUAUUUGAUAAGUUGUGAAAAACAUUUCUUGUACCAGGCCAGGAAUAUCAUACAUGUUUUUGCUUCAUUAACACCUUUCAAGGAAUUGACUUUGUGUUCUAUGACAAUGUUUAUUAAAGAUUUAUUAAACAUAUAAGUAAGAUUUUGUACAAUCCAUAAUUAUUAACUUACAUGUACGUAAGUAUUAUUUGGGCAAGCAAAUAGAGAUCUUGAGGUUACUAAGAUUAGUUUCAGAUCACCCAAGAAGAAAUAAAGCAGUGAAUAUUCCUCAUCUCAUUUAAUAUUAUUGGAAAAAUACUGAUUUUGGAAUUCCAAAAUAUUUUGGUAACAUAUUCAUGAUGCAUGACUAAGAAAGCAAAAAUACUGGAAUUUCUCAAUAAUCAUACUUAAAAAGUUCAUUUUUUGUCUCAUUGUGUAUGUGUAAUGCAUGCUGAUAGCAUGUGCUUUGUAAAAACUCUUGUGUUUUGCAGAGAAUGCUAUGAUUCUAAAUUCUAUGUCAAUGAUAUCUCAAAAUUUUGCCUUAGCUGAUGUAUAUUGAAUGACACAGUAUUCUUUUCUUUUUUUUAUCUCAUUUAGUGCUAACAAGUAUGCUUCUGCAUAUUUUCUUUAUUAGCAAGACUAAAUGAAGCUGGUUGUCAUUUAAUCAUUGUCAUUUGUAACAACUUCUCCAGAGGGAUUAGUGUUAAAUCUAAAGCAAAUUAGCAUGGUGCCGCACCAUGCCCCUUUUGGCUGGUGCCAUGCCCUUUUUAAUUGCACCAUGCCCUUUUUUCUAUGUAAAUUUAAAAAAAAUAUUUGUUAAUAUAAAUAAUUGUUCUUUAUUUCACAAGGUUGAUUGAAAAGUUUAAAAAUCAAGGCAGCAGUUAUUAACUUUAAAAGAGUCGAAAUGAUUAUUCUAUUACUAUCAUAGUAUGAUACAAUGAAAGUGCCCCAAAAUUGUCUUGCCGCGACGAAAA